GUCUCCCCGCCUUCGCCGCUGCCAUGGCGGCAGCUCCGCCGCUCUCCAAGGCCGAAUACCUGAAACGUUACUUGUCUGGGGCAGAUGCCGGCGUCGACGGGGGCCCUGAGUCCGGCCGCAAGCGUCGCAAAAAGCGGCCGAAGACUGGCGGGGCCGGCGGCAAGGGAAUGCGGAUUGUGGAUGAUGACGUGAGCUGGACAUCUAUGUCAACCACUAAAACAGAAAAGGAGGAAGAGGAAGAUGAUGGAGAUUUGCCUGUGGUGGCUGAGUUUGUGGAUGAGCGGCCAGAAGAGGUAAAGCAGAUGGAAGCCUUUCGUUCCAGUGCCAAAUGGAAGCUUCUGGGAGGCCACAAUGAAGAUCUACCCUCACACAGACAUUCCCGUCAUGAUACCCCGGAUUCAUCUCCUCCUAGGCAGGUCCAUCAUGGUACCCUGGAUUCAUUUUCUCCUAGGAGGGUCCGUCAUGACACCCUGGAUUCAUCUCCUCCUAGAAGGGUCUGUUAUGACACCCCGGAUUCAUCUCCUCCCAGGAGGGUCCGUCAUGACCCCCUGGAUUCACCUCCUCCUAGGACGGUCUGUCAUGACACCCCGGAUUCAUUGCAUCCUAGGAGGGUCCGUCAUGAUACCCCGGAUUCAUCUCCUAGGAGGGUCCGUCAUGAUACCCCGGAUUCAUCUCCUCCUAGGAGGGUCUGUCAUGAUUCCCCAGAUCCAUCUCCCCCCAGGAGGGCCCAUCAUGACUCAGACCCAUCUCCCCCAAGGAGGGCCCGUCAUGAUUCACCGGAUCGUUCUCCCGUCAGGAAGCCUCAUCGUCAUUCUUCAGGUGUAUCUCCUAGGAGGGCUCGUCAUGACACACCAGAUCCAUCUCCACCUAGGAGAGCCCACCACAAUUCCUCAGAUAUCUCUCCUCGCAGAAGGGCCCAUAACAGCUCCCCUGACACAGCUCAGCCUAGAAGGACUCUUGACUCCGUGGACACACCACAGCUCAGGAGGGCCCAUCAUAAUUCCCCUGACUUGGCUUCUAAUGUCCCUCAUUCACUGCCCAGAACCAAAAGCAGUAAAGCCCCAGAAAGCUCUAGCAAAACUUCUCCACAUCGGAAGGGGCCAGGACCUUCUCAUCUAUCAUUCCCAAAGAACAGCAAGUAUGAAUAUGACGCAGAACUCUCUCCUCCACGGAAAAAGCAAGCAAAAUCCCGUUUUGGAAGUAAGCAGCAUGAUUCUAAAGGCUCUUCUCCCAGCCAUAGGAAAUAUCAUAAAAGCUCUUCACCCAGGAGACAUCAGAGUCACACGUUGGACUCUUCUUCCUACCCAAGUGACAGUAGGAAAGCUUCUGACUCAGAUCUUUCUCCUCCACGGCAUAAACAAAGUUCAGGGCCCCGGGAUUCUGAUUCAGAUCUGUCACCUCCACGGAAUAGACCUAGGCACGGGAACUCUGAUUCUGACCUCUCUCCACCAAGGAGGAAACAGAGGGCCAAAUCUUCUGAUUCCGACCUGUCUCCACCUCGAAGGAGUCAGCCUCUGGGAAAGAAGGCUGCACACAUGUAUUCUGGGGCUAAAACUGGGUUGGUGUUAACUGACAUACAGCGAGAGCAGCAGGAGCUCGAGAGACGGGACCAAGAGACCGUGGCGUUUGAAGCUGAAUUCCAGUAUGCUGAAACCGUAUUUCGAGAUAAGUCUGGUCGUAAGAGGAAUUUGAAACUGGAACGUUUAGAGCAGAGGAGAAAAGCGGAGAAGGACUCAGAGAGAGAUGAGCUGUAUGCUCAGUGGGGAAAAGGGCUUGCACAGCGCCGGCAGCAGCAACAAAAUGUGGAGGAUGCAGUGAAGGAAAUGCAAAAGCCUCUGGCCCGCUAUAUUGAUGAUGAAGAUCUAGAUCGGAUGCUGAGAGAAAAAGAAAGAGAGGGGGACCCCAUGGCCAACUUUAUCAAGAAGAGUAAGGCCAAGGAGAGCAAGAAUAAGAAAGUGAGACCUCGCUACAGUGGCCCAGCACCUCCUCCCAACAGGUUCAAUAUCUGGCCUGGAUAUCGCUGGGAUGGAGUAGACAGAUCCAAUGGAUUUGAACAGAAGCGCUUUGCCAGGCUUGCCAGCAAGAAGGCGGUGGAGGAACUUGCCUACAAGUGGAGUGUUGAGGAUAUGUAACUUUUCUGAGGCAGUGGGGGUGGCUGUGGGUUGUGGUGGUGGACACAGGGUGGACAGACGUCCAGCUGCAGCAGUCAUCUGUGCUCAUAAUCAGGGCCCACACAGACCAGCGACUUGUUGGAUGCCAGUUUUGACUGCAGAAGAAUAUUUGAGACGUAAUGUUUGGACUGAAGGACCUGUACUUCUCAGGUGUGCCGACACUGCCUGUUGCUGGCUUUCAGAGGAAGCGUUGAUUUCUCUGUGUCCCAGGGUUGGUUCUUGGUUAGGGUUUUCCCUUUUUAAUAAAC